AUGCCGCCAGGAAGCAAGGGGCAGCAGGACUGCUCCUCGUCAGCUGUCCCCACGCCGGGGCAACUUCAGGGACAGCCGAAUGCCGUCUCCACCACCGCGGUCCUGAGGCCGGUUAUACCAAGGCCGGACCAGCCGCACCGUCGACAUGCCGUCGACGGGGUGGGCAACCGGAGCAUCAGCACAGGCAUCCCGCCGGCCGUUCCCGUGCAGGGACAACUGGAUGCUGCCAGAACCACAGCGGCCCCGACGGAGGUUUUUCCGGGGCCGGACCAGCCGCCUCGUCGACAUGCCGUCGACGGGGUGGGCAACCGGAGCAUCAGCACAGGCAUCCCGCCGGCCGUUCCCGUGCAGGGACAACUGGAUGCCGCCAGAACCACAGCGGCCCCGACGGAGGUGUUUCCGGGGCCGGACCAGCCGCCUCGUCGACAUGCCAUCGACGGGGUGGGCAACCGGAGCAUCAGCACAGGCAUCCCGCCGGCCGUUCCCGUGCAGGGACAACUGGAUGCCGCCAGAACCACAGCGGCCCCGACGGAGGUGUUUCCAGGGCCGGACCGGCCGCCUUGUCGACCUGUCGCCGACAAGGCGGACCACUGGAACGUCAACACGGCAGCGCCAGAGCGAGCCGCGGACCUCGCCGCGAGUUCCCCACGCCCGUCCGGCCAGGAGGCCGGGGGCGAGGACUCGGUGCCGCAACCGUGUGCGUUGUACGCGCUGACAAACUCCACUGCUCCUGCGCCCGACGCGCGACCAGAGACGAUGACUGACCUGCUCGCGAGCGUUGACGGGGACGACGACAUGUGGGACAGGACGUACGGGGACAGCCACGACGGUAGCGGACCAGUGGUCCAGGACAGGGCCAAUGACAACGUCGCCGUAGGAGUCCUGGUCGACCUCGGUGACCCCGUGGCGACGCCACCGGAGCUGGUUCAGGGACGUCGAUGGGGACACGCCCACCCCAGGUCACAGCAGCGAAGGCCGUACCUGGCCACCGACGGGGGCCUGAGGUAG